CCCCUCCACCCACACAGCUGAGCUCACCCAGCCUGCCUCUUUUGCAACUUUCCCAAGUCUGUGCAUGAAAGAGAGGAGGAAAACAGAAGGACGUUGCUUGGCAUCGACAAACCGUUCUGAUCCAAAGCCUUUUUCCUCUGAACGGCCUGAGACCUCUGCUCUAAGAGGAAACCCCCAGACUCAGAGAGCACGCCGCCUGCCCUCAUUUGCCGGAUGCUAGGCAGCCACAGCUGGUGGAUAUAUUUGUCAUUUUCUAAGACGUGGAGCAGGAAGGGGAGACACUGAAAGCUGGGUAUUUAGUAGACCGCCUGCUUCAGCCCUCUCAUCUGCCCCUGCUCACUGGCCUCCUGAUCAGCAGAAAGAACACUUCACCCAACACCACUGAGGCUCUGAAGCCCCUCCAUGAAUCCCAGGAAGAAGGUGGACCUGAAGCUCAUCAUCAUUGGAGCCCUGGGCGUAGGAAAGACCUCCCUCCUCCACCAAUAUGUGCACAAGACAUUUUAUGAGGACUACCAGACCACACUGGGGGCCAGCAUUCUCUCCAAAAUUAUCAUACUGGAUGACACAACUUUGAAGCUACAGAUCUGGGACACAGGCGGACAGGAGAGGUUCCGCUCCAUGGUGUCCACAUUCUACAAAGGCUCCGAUGGGUGCAUCCUUGCUUUUGAUGUCACUGACCUAGAGUCUUUUGAAGCACUGGAUACCUGGAGGGGUGAUGUUCUGGCCAAAACGAUUCCAAUGGAAACAUCCUACCCCAUGGUGGUGCUGGGAAACAAGAUCGAUCUCGCAGACCGGCAGGUGCCUCAGGAGGUAGCUCAAGGCUGGUGUAAAGAGAAGGAUAUUCCCUACUUUGAAGUCAGUGCCAAGAACGACAUCAAUGUGGUACAAGCCUUUGAGAUGCUGGCCAGUCGGGCUCUGUCCAGGUAUCAAAGCAUCUUGGAGAAUUACCUCACAGACUCCAUCAAGCUCUCACCAGAAGACCAGUCCAGGAGUCGGUGUUGCUAAUCAUCCAGACUCCCGCCCUGAUGCUCCGACGAAGCCCCUGGGGCCUGGGCAUCCAGGCCCCCACCAGCCCCCUGCCCACUCAAGCUCAGCCCAAGCAGCCGAGGCUCUGCAGCCAGAGCCCUUGAUCCCCUCGCAUCUGCGCUGGGUCCAGACCAGAGUACAGCCCCUGCCUCAGGCUGAGCCCAGUGAGGAUGGGGCUGGGCCCCCAGAGCCCCUGCCUGAACCCAGAGUGUCACAGCCGAAUCUUGGCCCUGGAGGAGUCACAGUCCCCUCACUGGCUCCAGCCUUCCUGCUCCCCCCGCCCCCAAACACACUCCUGCUCCAGAAUGCACAUCUCACAGGCAGACAGGCCGGAGUCUGGACUCUGGAGUCCUACUGUCCUCUCCUGUGUACAGGUGGGCCUUCCUUGCCCAUGCCAACACACACCUGCAAAGCCACAGCACAGCUGGGACAAGGGCACAGCUCAGGCCUAUCUUGGUGACUAGGCCAGGAAGUGAGGGCCUAGGUCUCAUGUGAGGGCCUGCCUCAACCCCUGGUGGCCUCUCUUCAGGCCUGGAACACUGCUCUGCUCCCUCCAGGACAUAGGAAAAUGCCCAGGAAAAGGCACCAAGGACCGGUUCAUUCAUCUCUGCUAGACACUCAGACAACUCCUCUAAAUCUCUCUGAGCCUUGGCUUGCUCGUCUGUCAAAUGGGGGUGGUGCGUGCCCUGCCCACAUCAGACUCUAUGAUUCUGAGGACCAGAAGCUCCGCUUAAGUCUCAGUUGCUCUUGUUGAUACGCAUUUAUUUAUUCCUUCAGCAAGUAUGGUUGAGGAUCUACUCUGUACCAUGCAUUGAGGUCCGGGGACAAAUGAAACCAACAAGGACCUGCUCUCCUGGACCUGACAUUCUGAUAAGGGAGAGAAGCAGUACACACAGAAUUUAAACAGAUAUUUUCCAAGAGUAGAUAAGUGCUUGAACAAAGCAAGCAAGGUAUUGGAAUAGAAAAGGACAGGAACUGAGGUUGGUGCUAUUUCAGACAAAAUGGUCCUGGAGGGCUUCCCUGAGGAGGUAUCCUUCGGCCCAGGACUAGAGAAUGAACAGCUGACUGCCACUGGAGACAGAGCAUUCCAGGGAGACGGCACAGCAGGAGCCAAGGCCCUGAGGUGAGGACAAGCUUGAUGUGUUCCAAGAGCAGCGAAAGGACAUUCACUGACCUGAAGACUCAAAGCUGGUGUCCCCAAGACGAGCAAAGGAGACUCCGCCCCCGGGUGGCUCCUUGAUCUUCUGGUGAUUGGCCUCCAGAGGGCAGCAGUGUCCUUCCCUUGCAGGCUGAGUGGCCAGUGGCCGCUGCAGGACACCUGAAAGCGAGGCUUUUCUCUCUGUGCUCAUCCUCAAAGCUUGUUCUCAGGCUGUGGGAUUGCUUAAGCCGGUGAGAUUCGUGGGGCAGGAGAAUACCAAUUUCUUAAACCUAGUAAGAAAUGGGCAAAAAACUGAAACAUUAAUGAUUCAGGCAAGAAAUCCUUAUCAGUGACAAAUACUAGAAUGAGAGACCUGGGAAACUCAUGGGCUCCCUGUCCAUGCAGACUCUUCUGGCAUAGACAGCAUGGACAGGGCCCAGCCUGAAGGGGGUGGACGAGAUGACCACUCAGAGGCUCCCAGGCCGCAUCAUGCCCACCAUGGAAGUCUCCUGUCUACACAGAGGUAUCCUGCCCUGAGCUCCAAGCAGAGCUGGAAUGUUAGGGUAGGACUUCUGAUGUCAUCUGACUCUGAAGAUCCUCCCAGAGGUAGGGAAUCCUGGGAGGGGAGGGGUCAGCAGGAGAGUUUGGGGAGCCUCAUCUCCCCCACCCAGCUGUGGAGGAAGGACAGGCUUGUCCUGGGCAGCGGCAUGGAUCUGGCAUAUGAGCAGGUGGCGGGGAGCAAGCCACUGUCUCUGUGUCCAUGGAGUGGCAUUCUGCAUGUCACACAGGCUCUCCUGGGAGUUCGUCAGACUGUGGAUGGGAUGUGUGGUGUCAGGUGUGUAUCUACAGCAGCUCGUGCACCGCAGUGGACAUAUGAAUGUUUCUAAGUGCAUGCAACAAAUAAUAAAUGUGUCCUUCUUUAUUUUUUUCCUUUUUGGUAUUUUGUUAUUAGGUUUAAAAAGCAAACAGAGGCACCUGGGUGGCUCAGUCAGUGAACUGUCAGCCUUUAGCUCAGGUCAUAAUCCUGGGGUCCUGGGAUGGAGCCCCACGUUAUGCUCCUGGCUUAGCAGACAACCUGCUUCUCCUUCUCCCUCUGCCUGCAGCUCCUCCUGGCUUGUACACUCUCUCUCUCUCUCAAAUAAAUAAAUGAAAUCUUUAAAAAAAAACAAUAAAAUAAAGCAAAAAACA